CUGAGAACAGGAAGCGGAGGCAGAAUCAGAGAGGAUUCUGGAAAGGUCUCUGUGUUUUCUUUUCCACUGAGAAUACAGAAAUUAUAAUUAAUUAGUAAAGCUUUGUGGAUGGAAAUCUGGACUAUUUCAGGAGGAGACAUAUAUUAUCGUAUUAUUUUUGGAUGCUGGGCUUUGCAGUGAUUUGUCAUUCUCUUUCAAUCAGAUAGCAUUAGAUGAGUUAACUUGUACCUUAUGAAGAUGAGGCAUGGACAUAAAUUUAUUUGCCCUCAGAAGACUAAGGAUUUUAGAAGCAAAAAAGGAUGGUGGGAUGUAAGAUGGAACUUUCUGACUGAUGAGUUUCUACUGUGACUGCUCAUUCUCACUACAUUUGGAGAAGAGUAUUAUUAAGGGCUGCUUUGGCAAGACUAGAGACCCAAAAGAGAGGGAUGUCUUCUUUUUCUUUUCUUCUCUAGGAAUAAAACCAAAGUAACAACAAUAUAAAAAGUAUGAAAAGAGCCAGAAAUAUAUCUAGUUCAAAAUAGAAUAAAUGUCUCAAAGACAUUUCAUCUCAAUCUCAAUGGCUGAAGACUAAAGUUUGCACGCUGUUGAAAAAAUGUGUCUAUGCGAAUAUGUAGACUUAUCUUUGUCUACCACAAUUAACUUUGAGAAGCUUUGGACACAGGAACAAAGAAUGAGAGAAUCUUGAAGAAACUUCAGUCUUGAAGAAUCUUCAGCUCGCAAGGAGAAACUUUUCUCACCAAUUGUAUUUUCUGCUAGAAAUGCAGCCUUUUUGUUUUCAUGAUAGCAAAAGAUCCAGUGGCUAAAUUCUGAAAUUUGGCAUUUCUUAGAAAAAUAAAGGUCAUUCUUAUGCAAGAGGCUAAAAGUAAUUAAAUUUGCAGGAUGAAAACAUGGCACAGGCACUGCUGGUACCACCAGGACCUGAAAGCUUCCGCUAUUUUACUAGAGAUUCUCUCGCAGCUAUUGAAAAGCGUUCUGCAGAAGAAAAAGCUAAAAAGCCCAAGCAAGAACAUACAGAUGAUGAUGAUGAAAAUGGUCCAAAACCAAACAGUGACUUGGAGGCAGGAAAGACACUGCCAUUUAUUUAUGGUGACAUACCUCCAGGAAUGGUAUCUGAACCUUUGGAAGACCUGGACCCAUAUUAUAUCAAUCAAAAAACUUUCAUAGUAUUGAAUAAGGGAAAGGCAAUUUUCCGAUUCAGUGCCACAUCUGCCUUGUACAUUUUAACUCCUUUUAAUCCCAUCAGAAAAAUUGCUAUCAAGAUUUUGGUACAUUCAUUAUUCAGCAUGCUUAUCAUGUGCACUAUUUUGACCAACUGUGUAUUUAUGACCAUGAGUAACCCUCCAGACUGGACAAAGAAUGUAGAGUACACUUUCACUGGAAUUUAUACCUUUGAAUCACUUAUCAAAAUUCUUGCAAGGGGCUUCUGCUUAGAAGGUUUUACUUUUCUGCGAGACCCGUGGAACUGGCUUGACUUCAGUGUCAUUUUAAUGGCAUAUGUGACAGAGUUUGUGGACCUGGGCAAUGUCUCAGCGUUGAGAACAUUCAGAGUUCUCCGAGCUUUGAAAACAAUAUCAGUCAUUCCAGGCCUAAAGACUAUUGUGGGAGCCCUAAUUCAGUCUGUGAAGAAGCUCUCGGACGUUAUGAUCCUGACUGUGUUUUGUCUGAGUGUAUUUGCACUAAUAGGGCUGCAGCUGUUCAUGGGCAACUUGAGGAAUAAAUGCCUGCAGUGGCCUCCAGACAAUUCUACUUUUGAAAUAAAUGUUAUUUCCUACUUUAAUAGCACAAUGGAUGAAAAUGGUACAUUUGUUAAUAUGACAGUGAGCACAUUUAACUGGAAGGAUUACAUUGAGGAUGAAACUCAUUUUUACAUUUUGGAAGGACAGAGAGAUGCUCUGCUUUGUGGUAAUAGCUCUGAUGCAGGGCAGUGUCCAGAGGGAUAUAUAUGUGUGAAAGCUGGUAGAAACCCCAACUAUGGUUACACAAGUUUUGACACCUUCAGUUGGGCUUUUUUGUCACUCUUUCGGCUAAUGACUCAGGACUUCUGGGAAAACCUGUAUCAGCUGACACUACGUGCUGCUGGGAAGACAUACAUGAUAUUUUUUGUUCUGGUGAUUUUUCUGGGCUCUUUCUAUCUGAUCAACUUGAUCCUGGCUGUGGUCGCCAUGGCCUACGAAGAACAGAAUCAAGCAACCAUGGAAGAGGCAGAGCAGAAAGAGGCAGAAUUUCAACAGAUGCUGGAACAACUGAAGAAGCAACAAGAAGAAGCUCAGGCAACAGCAGCAGUAGCAGCAGCAUCAGUUGCAUCGAGAGAUUUCAGUGGUGUAGGAGGAUUAGGAGAACUCUUGGAAAGUUCUUCAGAAGCAUCAAAGUUGAGCUCAAAGAGUGCUAAAGAAAGAAGAAACAGAAGGAAGAAAAGAAGACAGAAAGAGAUGUCUGAAGCAGAGGACAAAGGAGAUAUCGAUAAGUUCCCCAAGUCCGAGUCAGAAGACAGUAUCAGAAGGAAAAGUUUCCGCUUCUCUACUGAAGGAAGUCAACUGACAUAUGAAAAAAGGUUCACAUCUCCCCACCAGUCUUUGCUAAGCAUUCGUGGUUCCCUGUUCUCACCAAGACGCAACAGCAAAACAAGCAUUUUCAGUUUCAGAGGUCGAGCAAAGGAUAUAGGAUCGGAAAAUGACUUUGCUGAUGAUGAGCACAGCACUCUUGAAGACAAUGAGAGCAGAAGAGAUUCACUCUUUGUUCCAAAUCGACAUGGAGAACGGCGCAACAGUAAUAUUAGUCAGGCGAGUGUGUCAUCUAGAAUGAUACCAGCCCUUCCAGUAAAUGGGAAGAUGCACAGCACUGUAGAUUGCAAUGGAGUAGUUUCUUUGGUUGGAGGACCUUCAACUCUAACUUCACCGACUGGUCAGCUUAUACCAGAGGGCACCACUACAGAAACAGAAAUAAGAAAAAGAAGACUGAGUUCUUAUCAAAUUUCCAUGGAAAUGCUGGAAGAUUCUGCUGCAAGACAAAGAGCAAUGAGUAUAGCCAGCAUACUUACAAAUACAAUGGAAGAGCUUGAAGAAUCCAGACAGAAAUGCCCACCAUGCUGGUACAGAUUUGCAAAUACUUUCUUGAUCUGGGAUUGCUGGAGUCCAUGGUUAAAAGUAAAACACGUCGUCAAUUUAGUUGUGAUGGAUCCGUUUGUUGAUCUUGCUAUAACUAUUUGCAUUGUUUUAAACACCUUGUUUAUGGCCAUGGAACAUUACCCAAUGACAGAACAGUUUAGCAGUGUCCUCUCUGUGGGGAAUCUGGUAUUCACUGGGAUAUUCACAGCAGAAAUGGUACUAAAGAUAAUUGCCAUGGACCCUUAUUAUUAUUUCCAAGAAGGCUGGAAUAUUUUUGAUGGUAUUAUCGUUAGCCUUAGUUUAAUGGAGCUUGGUCUUGCAAAUGUGGAAGGAUUAUCUGUUCUUCGGUCAUUCAGAUUGCUUCGAGUUUUCAAAUUGGCAAAAUCUUGGCCAACUCUAAAUAUGCUGAUAAAAAUUAUUGGCAACUCAGUGGGGGCUUUGGGAAAUCUGACCCUGGUGCUGGCCAUCAUUGUGUUCAUUUUUGCUGUGGUUGGGAUGCAGCUGUUUGGGAAAAGCUACAAGGAAUGUGUCUGCAAGAUCUCCAGUGACUGUGUGCUUCCACGCUGGCACAUGCAUGACUUUUUCCACUCUUUCCUGAUUGUGUUUCGAGUGCUGUGUGGAGAAUGGAUAGAAACGAUGUGGGACUGCAUGGAGGUUGCAGGCCAAACCAUGUGCCUUAUUGUUUUCAUGCUGGUCAUGGUGAUUGGAAACCUAGUGGUAUUGAACCUGUUUCUGGCCUUGCUGCUGAGCUCAUUUAGUUCAGACAACCUUGCUGCUACAGACGAUGAUAAUGAAAUGAACAAUCUCCAGAUUGCUGUGGCAAGGAUUCAGAAGGGAAUAGAUUAUGUUAAAAAAAAGAUACAGGAGUUCAUCCAAAAAGCCUUCAUUAGAAAGCAGAAAGCUUUAGAGGAAAUCAAAGCACUUGAAGAGCUAAACAACAAGAAAGACAGCUGCAUUUCCAAUCAUACUGCUGUUGAAAUAAGCAAAGAUCUGAAUUAUCUUAAAGAUGGAAAUGGAACCACCAGUGGUGUAGGCACAGGCAGCAGUGUGGAAAAAUAUGUAAUCGAUGAAAAUGAUUACAUGUCAUUCAUAAACAACCCAGGCCUCACUGUGACAGUGCCAAUUGCAGUUGGAGAAUCAGAUUUUGAAAAUUUAAAUACGGAAGAAUUUAGCAGUGAAUCUGAUAUGGAAGAAAGCAAACAGAAACUAAAUGCAUCCAGUUCAUCAGAAGGCAGCACUGUUGAUAUUGCCCCUCCUGGAGAGGGUGAGCAAGCAGAAAUUGAAAGUGAAGAAGCUCUUGAACCAGAAGCCUGUUUUACAGAAGGUUGUGUGCAGAAAUUUCCAUGUUGUCAAGUAAGUAUAGAGGAUGGCAAAGGAAAAAUUUGGUGGAAUCUUAGAAAAACCUGCUACAGUAUAGUUGAGCACAACUGGUUUGAGACCUUCAUUGUCUUCAUGAUUCUCCUCAGCAGUGGAGCACUAGCUUUUGAAGAUAUAUAUAUUGAACAGCGCAAAACUAUCAAGACCAUGCUGGAAUAUGCUGACAAAGUUUUUACAUAUAUUUUCAUUUUGGAAAUGCUUUUAAAAUGGGUAGCAUAUGGUUUUCAAAUAUAUUUUACUAAUGCCUGGUGCUGGCUGGACUUCUUGAUUGUUGAUGUCUCAUUGGUUAGUUUAAUAGCCAAUGCUUUGGGCUAUUCUGAACUUGGUGCCAUUAAAUCGCUUCGGACAUUAAGAGCUUUAAGACCUUUAAGAGCCUUGUCACGAUUUGAAGGAAUGAGGGUGGUUGUAAAUGCCCUUGUAGGAGCAAUUCCAUCUAUCAUGAAUGUACUGCUGGUUUGUCUUAUAUUCUGGCUCAUCUUCAGCAUCAUGGGAGUAAAUCUGUUUGCUGGCAAAUUCUAUCACUGUGUCAACACUACAACUGGUGAGAUGUUUGAUGUCAGUGAUGUCAACAAUUAUACUCAGUGUGAGGAACUCAUAAAAAACAAUCAAAGUGCCCGAUGGAAAAAUGUGAAAGUAAACUUUGAUAAUGUAGGAGCUGGAUAUCUUGCUCUGCUUCAAGUAGCUACUUUCAAAGGAUGGAUGGAUAUUAUGUAUGCUGCUGUUGAUUCACGAGAUGUAGAAGAUCAACCUAAGUAUGAGGACAACUUGUAUAUGUAUCUUUAUUUUGUCAUCUUUAUCAUAUUUGGAUCAUUCUUUACCUUGAACCUUUUCAUUGGUGUCAUUAUAGACAACUUCAACCAACAAAAAAAGAAGUUUGGAGGUCAAGAUAUAUUUAUGACAGAAGAACAGAAGAAAUAUUACAAUGCAAUGAAAAAACUGGGAUCCAAAAAGCCACAGAAACCUAUACCAAGGCCAGUGAACAAAUUCCAAGGCAUGGUCUUUGAUUUUGUAACCAAACAAGUAUUUGACAUCAGCAUCAUGAUACUCAUCUGCCUUAACAUGGUCACAAUGAUGGUAGAAACAGACGACCAGAGUAAAGAAAUGGAAACAAUUUUAUCCCGAAUUAACCUUGUGUUCAUUAUCCUUUUCACUGGAGAAUGUGUCCUGAAAUUAAUUUCACUUCGCCAUUACUACUUCACUGUAGGCUGGAAUAUUUUUGAUUUUGUGGUUGUGAUUCUCUCCAUAGUAGGUAUGUUCUUAGCUGAGAUGAUUGAGAAAUAUUUUGUGUCCCCCACACUGUUCAGAGUCAUCCGACUUGCCAGAAUCGGUCGAAUCCUGCGUCUCAUUAAAGGCGCUAAGGGGAUCCGCACUCUGCUUUUUGCUUUGAUGAUGUCUCUUCCUGCUUUGUUCAACAUUGGGCUGCUGCUCUUCCUGGUCAUGUUCAUCUACGCGAUAUUUGGCAUGUCCAACUUUGCCUAUGUUAAGAGGGAAGUUGGGAUUGAUGACAUGUUCAACUUUGAAACGUUUGGCAACAGCAUGAUCUGCCUGUUUCAAAUUACCACAUCUGCUGGCUGGGAUGGUUUGCUAGCCCCAAUUCUUAACAGUGGGGAGCCAGACUGUGACCCCCAUAAAGAUCAUCCAGGAAGCUCCGUGAAAGGCGACUGCGGCAACCCUUCCGUUGGGAUUUUCUUCUUUGUCAGCUACAUUAUCAUAUCGUUUCUGGUAGUGGUGAACAUGUACAUUGCUGUGAUUUUGGAGAACUUCAGUGUUGCUACCGAAGAAAGCGCUGAACCCUUGAGCGAGGAUGACUUUGAGAUGUUCUAUGAGGUCUGGGAGAAGUUUGAUCCUGAUGCAACACAAUUCAUAGAAUACAGUAAGCUGUCUGAUUUUGCAGCUUCGUUAGAUCCUCCUCUUCUUAUAGCAAAACCGAACAAAGUCCAGCUUAUUGCAAUGGAUCUGCCCAUGGUAAGCGGUGACAGAAUUCACUGCCUUGACAUCUUGUUUGCUUUCACAAAGCGUGUUUUGGGGGAAAGUGGGGAGAUGGAUGCCCUCAGAAUACAGAUGGAAGAUCGGUUUAUGGCAGCCAAUCCUUCAAAAGUCUCCUAUGAACCAAUUACCACCACAUUAAAACGAAAACAGGAGGAGGUAUCUGCUGUCAUUAUUCAGCGUGCUUACAGGCGCUACCUUUUAAGGCAAAAAGUUAAAAAGGUGUCUAGUAUAUAUAACAGAAAUAAAAACAAAGAAGGAGAUGGACCAGUUAUAAGAGAGAUAAUUAUUGAUAAACUAAAUGGAAACUCCACUCCAGAAAAAACGGAUGAGAGUUCCUCUACAACUUCCCCACCUUCUUAUGACAGUGUAACAAAGCCAGACAAAGAAAAAUAUGAAAAAGAUAAAGCAGAAAAGAACUACAAAGGUAAAGAUGUCAGGGAAAAUAAAAAAUAAAGAUCUAAGAAUUCUGCUUGUGGGACAACUUGUUUACAGUCUUUGAGAAUGAAGCAUCAACUGGACUCCUGCAGGAGGUUUAUGCCAAACUGACAGUUUUUACACGUAUAUGUGUGUGUGCGUGCGCGCGUGUGUGUGCAUAUAUAUACAUUAUAUAUAUACUUAAGGUCAGUGCCUAUAACAAAACAGUGAACCUUCAUCAUCAAACUGUGACUCUGUGAAUCAGGGUAACAAACUUGACAAGAGGUUACUGUUUUUACUACAGCUGACACUGCUAAGAAUGAAAAAGUGGCUCCACAGAGAACACGGAGCAUGAAAUGAGUGCAAAGCGAUACUUUUUUGUUUCACAUACUGCGAAACAUAUAGAACAGUAAUUCUCUUCACUGUUUGUAAUGCAACUGCUACAUUUGUCAUAUUUUUAAAAAAUCACUAUUAGCGUAUUUAUCAUUUUUUAAUUCACAACUUGUUUAUUAUUAUACGUGACUAUUUUUGUAAUAGGUUUUAUGUUGGGGAAAGAGGUAUGAGGACCAGGUGUUCUACUCUCAGAUUCUCUAUAAUGUACAGAAAGAAGUGAUUUGCAUAGGCAUGCUGCACUUGUCAAUCAUGUGUAAAUAAAAAUAUGACAUUGCACAAAGCUAAAGAUUUUAGGAACUUCCAUGUUUCAGGGUUGCUCUUAAAUUUGAGGUGUACUUACUACUUGUAUGGCUGUAUCCAGAUUAUGUGCAUCCAGAUAAAUGUGCCUGGAAAGUGUCCUCUAAUUUACAGGAAUCUGCAAUGACUUAUUUUUAUGCAAAUCAUUAAACAUGAAUAAGUUACUGUUUUUGUUAAAGCAAUCACAACUUAAAAAAUAUUGUGCAGUCUCUGCACUGGAAAAAUAGCUUCAUCAAAAUAUACCUGUGAUUUCUUUCGCUUUUUUUUUUUUUUUAAACAAGCUCAAAUUUUUUCUUAGACUGUUCUUUAACUACUGUCUUCUCUCAUUAUGGCCAACAGCCAGUGAAUCAAUAAAAUACCCUUUUCCAUGUAAAUAUUAACAGUAUACUGUCACACAUAUUUGACCAGAGAAUUAAACGGUUUUGCCAAGUGAAUUGCAUCAGGUAUGUGCCACAGUACGGGUAGUUUGCAAGAGCCGAAAAGGACGUGUUGUAUUCUGUGUCAUUAUAGAUAGUUUGGAGAGUAUCACUGAUGCAUGUCAAUGCUUUUGUUGCUGUAUCUUGCUCCUUCCACUGUCCACAGUCUCCACUAUAGGAAGCCACGUCAGUGGUGAAGUGAAUCAAAUUGUCCAACCAGACCUCAUUCUUUCAAAUCAUUAAGCAAUAGUUUGCAGCUAUUUAUGAGCUUCUUUAGUUUUGCAUUUUAAAUUUGAAGUGGCUACUAUAUGGUGUAGAAUCAGACUGUACAGGCCAUAUUGCAAAUUGUUGAACCUGUUUAAAAUGUGGUUAGCAUAUAUAAAUAAUGUAAAGAAAUACCAUUUGGCAACAGUUUUGUAUAUAAGAAAAGUGUCUUGAAGUUUAGAUCACUGUUUCUUAUAUUUCUUUCCUCAUUUACUUGGCUUACUUUCUAACCACAGUAAUUUCAAACUGGCAUCAUCACACUAUGAGAAAAAAAGUGAGUAUCUGUAGACUAUCUUGUUUUAAUAUUCUAUUUGCAUAUAUUUCAAUGUGAAGUAAAUUGUGUAAAUCUGGAACUCAGCUUGUUUCCAAAUAGUUAUAUCUGGUAACAGGACAUAGAAAGGAAAGUAUUAGGGGAAUGUGCGAAUUUCUAGCGCUGUUUGAAUCAGAAGUUCCAAGAUAGUCUCAUUGUUCAUGAAAUCCUUGCUAUCUUGCAGUGUCUGUUUACAUAGCCUAUUCUUAAUUCUUUUUGAAUCACGCUGCACUAGACUUGUACAACUAGGAUCCACAAUAUUUCCCAAGAACAAAAUGGCACAUUUGUAUAAUCAAGGACAUCAGGACAUUUUGUGUUUCAUACACAAGCUAACAUUAUAAUGUGGAAUCUUUCUUUUACAAAUGCUUUUGACUUGUAAUGUGUUGGUGAAAUGCAUGCAGGAAAUUGUUAUUAUCAUAAACAAUGUAAACAACAUUACAAAUGAGC